AUGGUGCGCGUCGUGAUGCCUAUCAUCCCGACGCCUGAGUCGCUGUGCCCGCCGCGCGCGCCGACGGUCUACGAGGAGCUCCUGCGUCGUGCGAACGUGGAGGACGUGAACUACCUCACGACUCUGCGGGAGAAGGCAGACGAGAUUCUGCCGAUUCUUUUCGACAUCGCGAAGGAACAGGGCCGCGAAAUCUCCCCCGCGAUGACCUUCAAACCCCAGCAGUUUGAGCAGCUCAAGCGGCUUCACGAGGCCUACCUGCGUGGCGAACUGCAGGAUCAGCUGCAGCGAGAGAAAGAGAACGACACAGAGCGCGUCGCGGGUCAGGAAUUCCUCAGCGGUCCUGAGCCUGCGGUCGACCCCCCCGAGAGCCUCGAGGACGCGCGCCUCGCCCGCAUCGUCGCGAAGCACGCGGGAAAGCAGAAAACGCGGCAAGUGAUUCCGGUGCACAGAGCUCCAGUUCCGCCAGCGUUCCAUCUCAUCGACGACCUGUACGGGCCCAUAUAUGACAAAAAAGUUCUCCUCAAACAGGUCCACUACUUUUUGAAACAAGGCAACUACGAAGCCGUGCGGAAAGUUAUUCGCGAGAACCGCUUCGUGUUGUGCAUCGAGGACGCCAAGAAACUGCUCCAGUUCGCUGCCACCGUCAUCGAAGAGAAGGAGAAAGCAGUCCUCCAGCAGCGCAUUGAGGCCACGUGGAACGCCUAUCGCGGCGCGCUCCCCGAGUCCUUCUCUGAUCAGGACGCGCAAGACAUCCAGGCGCAGCUGGACCGCCUCUCCUCUUCGGGCCCGGGGCCCGCGGGGGCGCGAGACCCCGAGGGCGGGGCCGAGAAGGAGACCCGGGCAGCGACCCUCAGAGACAAGAGAGAGCGGCAGGCAGACAGGCGAAAGCGCCGGGAAGCGGAGGCCGCUGUGAAAACCCAAGCGAAUCUGCUCAAGCGACUGUACGAGAAGACGGCAGCAGAGAUCCGCGGCCUGCAGCAAGAGGCAGGGUUGCGCGUGCGCGCCCUGUAUCACUCUAUCCACAAGGCGCUUUGGGAGCAUGGCGCUCUCAAGCCUUAUGACAAACGGCCUAGGAAGAACCAGCAGAGAGCCACGGUGGAAGUUGAGGAUGUAUCGCCGUACCUCAAGCCGCCGCCAGAUGCGACGCGCUUGGAGCGUCUCGAAGCGACAGAGGCCUUCGCGCGGGCUGUGAACAGCGAGGACUGGAUGGAGGCCUGCAAGAUUCUUCGCACUAAAACACGACUGCUCAUGUUCAAGAGUCGCCACAAGCUCUUAGCCAAGUUUUUGGAGCUGUAUCAGGUCGUGCAUGCGAAGUCAGUGAAGAACUAUCCGCCUGGGAGAGAUCGCCACGACACAGGAGACGCGCCCACAGACUCCGCCGGAGCCCAAGGGGGCCAGGAACCCGCGCAGGGGCACGACCCAGGCCCCGCAGCGGAGACCGUGCAGAGUGAGGGCGAAGGGUCUACUGAAGGCAGGGGCGACGCCGGGAAGCGCCGACGGCUGACCCGCAGGGAGAAAAACGCGCUUCGGCGCAACUUCAAAAAACCCCCCGUGGGAGGCCCCUACACGGACAAGCAGCUGAACUUCUUUCGAAAAGUUUGGUGGACUACCCUCAGAAGGCCGCAGGUGGUCAUGAAGCUCAUGGAGCCUGUCGCCGAGUGGGAUGACGAAGAGGCGAAGAAACUGUACAGAGUUCAGCUCGCCGAGUACCGAGAAAAGAAACGACAGGAAAACAUUCAGUUCUGGCGCGAUCGAGGCAUUGAUCUGACGAAGUACACAAUGGACUUUAGCGACGCCAAGGGCCUUGACUGGCUCCGCCAGAAACAAGCUGAAGGGGCACUUGACGCCCCACCACCGACGCUGUGCAAGACCAAGAAGGAGCUGGAAGAGGAAAAGAAAGUCCAGGAAAGGAGUAAAGAGGCCACCUCAGAAGACAACAAGCAGGCCGGCGAUGAGACUCCAGUGACGCCGGAGGAUCAAUCUCAGCAGCAAGAGACGCUUUCAACAGAGUAG